AAACAAACCGGGAGGGCAGGGAGAGGGAGGGUCCGGGCUAGAACCAGCACAGACACCGCUGAAUGAAUGAUACCCAUUAACAAUAAAAGAAAAGACACUGAACUCAAGCGGCCGGCCCGCGGUACCCGAGCCGCGCCCGGGCUCCCAGCCUCUUGCGAGGGGAGAUCGGCCGCCGAAGGAAAGCAGCCGCCCGCCGGGCACGGACCGAGCCUCCGCUAGGUCCGGGCGGCAGCCGGCUCGCCCCCCGGCAGGCCAUGACCAUGAAGCCGGGUUUACUGAAGCAGCCGGGCGGGGUGGCGCAGACCGAGAAGCGGGCGGCGGAUUACUCAGCGGCGGCGACCAAGGAGCUCGGCGGCGGCGAAGCGGGAGGAGAGGCGCUCGGCUGCGACGGCGAUACGCCUCCGCCCAAAGGCGGCCGAGGCAGGAUGAACGGCGGCGAGGCUAAAGCGGUCAAAGGGAGCCGAGGGGCAGGAGCGGGGGCGGCCUGGGGCCGAGGAGGUACGGCCUUGGUCCCCGCCGGGGACAGUGUGGCCCGCGGCGGCGGAGGAGGAGGGGGAGGUGGCGGUGGGGGGCCCGGCGAUGGCGCCGCGCCUUUGCCCGGCCUGGAGGCCUUGCACUGGGGGAAAGUGAAGAAGCAACAGCAGCAGAUCCAGCAGCCGCCAUCGUCUCAGCCUCAAGGCCCGGGCCCCAUACAGAGCGCCCGCCUCAAACAGAUCGUCCUCCUGCAACUCGACCUGAUCGAACAACAACAACAGCAGCUCCAACUGAAGGAGAGGGAGAUCGACGAGCUGAAGGCCGAGAAAGAGACGCUUCUGGCUCGUCUUGAGCGCAUGGAGAGGAGGAUGCAGCUGGUGAAAAAAGAGAAUGAAAAGGACAAGCACCGAUUUGUUCAAACUGUGGAUGGGACAGAGGAGAAGAAUGCAACAGAAGUGGAGAAGAUCCAGCCUGAGCAUCAACAGAUUACCCCUGAACAAUCGCUUGUUCAGGCACAGGGCAAUCGAACGGAAACCUACUCUGGGAAGGGAUACAAAAGGAAAUCUACACUAGGAACAACAGAAAGGAAAGCACCAGUGAAAAAGCUUGCAGCUGAAUUUUCAAGAGUUCGGACAAAACUGGUCAAAUCUUCUCCGCUGAGACAGGCGUCGAGCAGCCCCUUGCCCGACAAAGUUUCAAAGCGAGAACUGCGAAGUAAAGAAACUCCAGAGAAAUCCAAAUCUCAGACUGAGGGUGUCUACAAACCUUCAACCAUAUUAAAGACUCCAGGUCUGCCCACCAGCAAAGAUCAGCCUAUUUCUAAUGACAUAGAAGAGGAGCCAUACCUCUGCACCACUGAGAUGUACCUGUGUCGGUGGCAUCACCGGCCACCUUCUCCUCUACGAGAACCUUCACCAAAGAAGGAAGAAACUGUAGCAAUUCCAUCCUGGAAGGAACACUCGGCGGAACCCCUGGUAGACCUGCAACCCGAUGAAAUCAUUGAGAACUUAGACGACUGUGUGUUUGCGAAACGACAUGCAAAACUGGAGCUUGAUGAGAAAAGAAGGAAAAGGUGGGACAUUCAGAGGAUCAGGGAACAAAGGCUGCUACAACGUUUGCAACUGCGCAUGUAUAAAAAGAAAGGAAUUCAGGAAUCGGAGCCAGAAAUCCUGUCCUUUUUCCCUGAACCUGAUGAUGUGGAAUCGCUGGUAAUCACCCCAUUUCUACCGGUGGUGGCUUUUGGGAGACCUCUACCUAAGUUAUCACAACAGAACUUUGAGUUACCAUGGUUGGAUGAACGCAGCAGAUGCAGGAUAGACAUACAGAAGAAACAGACGCCACAUCGAACAUGCCGCAAAUAGAUGCUUUGGACAAACUUUGACUUGUAUACUGCCGAGUUGCAAACUGUACUGCAAGCCAGCACUUAGGAUGCCAACUGGCAGAGAGCUCUGUGGGUUUUCUUAAGGACCACAUGCCUGAUUGAUCUCAUUCAGUGUUUAUAUUGAUGUUUAUAAUUGAUCGUCACUGUAUCAAUAACUGAAUAGUCUUGUCUCUUGCCUUUAUACUUUCACUUCUCUUACUGAAGUGAAAUCAGUUAUUUUUCCUGUAUUUGUCUGUUGAAUUCAGACAGAGUUCUGGUCUGACUUAGUUCAUUCUGCAAAUUUAACCGUGUACAGAAAGAUUUGAGAUCUUGUACAGCAAUCUUGCACCUUUUUUUAAAAAAAAGUUUGUGUUAUGUAAAAAAACAUGUUGCAAGCAGUUCUGCUUCCUCAGAAUUGGUUAUUUGUGUUUCUUUUUCAGAUAAUACCUGCCCUCACAAGUUGAUUAAACCAAUGCAUUAAAGAGAUGGUAUCUCUUCUGUCAGUUAUCUGAACCUAAUGUUCAGACCUGAAAAUUGCCAACAUUCCUUGUAGCCAGGGAGAGUGUUGGCUAAUUCACUGUGACCGGCCAUUGUUCGUUCCUGGGACUUGGGUUAGAAACUGAGUUAAGCAGAAGAUGUAAAUGUCUUUGUUCUCACAGUGGGUGGUGUGCUGCCCUUUCACUUGGAACCCAUGGUGAGUUUCAGCUCAGCAAGACAGAAAACAGAGGGCCUUUCGGCUGACAGAAGAAUAGUAUAAACAACAGAAAACUGGGUUUUUUCACUACUAGAAUCUAUUCAAGUCUAGCUGAACCCCAGGGGAAUUUUCAAAGUGAAAUUUAAUUUUGAAUGGCUCAGAAUCCAGUAGAUGUAAAAUCAUGAUACAAACCUCAACAACAGCAAUAAGAAAGGGAGAGUGGGGAUCAAUAGACUAUUGUUUGAGAGGAGGAAUGGACAUUUCCAAUGGUAGUGGCUUUACGGGAGAGCCUGAAAUUUUAUUGAACAAGGAAAUGCUUUGAAUUAUUGAGAUUCCUGCUGUGCCCAACCUGUGGUUGAUGCAUCAUCACUGGAUGCUUAAUGGGAUUUUUAUUUUUCUCAUGAGCACAAUCACCUUGCACAUUAUGAACACAAAUCCUGAAAGGUAGGGUUUAGGUGAGCCUUCCAGGAAAAUUUCCGUGUAGUUCAAGGCUUGUUUUAAAUGAGCCUCCAGUUUAAAUGUUGUAACUUAUGUUUUGGUGGAUGCAAAAAUAAACAUGGCAGGUAACUUCUGUACUCCUGUCACUUUCCUCGA